CAGGCGCAUGCGCACGCGGCCAGUGGGGCAGUCGCCGCUCGCCACUACCAGCCGCCGCAGCCGUAAGAGCAGGAGCGGCGCGAGUGCGUCCGAGCAGCCGCCGCGACCACCAACGUCAACCUCUUGCUUCUCCUUUGCCGCGCGCCUCGCUUUUUUUUGCUUGGUUUUUGGCGUGUUUUUUCUGUUUCUCCCUCCUCAGCGGCCCUGCUCUGCAGCCCCGCGGUCGGGAGUAAAAGGGGGGAAAAAUAAAGAGAGCGAGAGAGACCCCCACUCAAAAUAAAACAAAACCAGCCCAGAGCCCCUAAAGAUGGUGGACCGCGAGCAGCUGGUGCAGAAAGCCCGGCUGGCUGAGCAAGCCGAGAGAUACGACGACAUGGCGGCCGCCAUGAAGAACGUGACGGAGCUGAACGAGCCGCUCUCCAACGAAGAACGGAACCUCUUGUCGGUCGCCUACAAGAACGUGGUUGGGGCACGCCGCUCCUCCUGGCGCGUCAUUAGCAGCAUCGAGCAGAAGACGUCCGCCGACGGCAACGAGAAGAAGAUCGAGAUGGUGCGGGCCUACCGCGAGAAGAUCGAGAAGGAGCUGGAAGCUGUGUGCCAGGAUGUCCUCAGCCUCCUCGACAACUACCUGAUCAAGAACUGCAGCGAGACCCAAUACGAGAGCAAGGUCUUCUACCUGAAGAUGAAAGGGGACUAUUACCGCUACCUGGCCGAGGUGGCCACGGGGGAGAAGAGGGCCACCGUGGUGGAGUCCUCCGAGAAGGCCUACAGCGAAGCCCACGAGAUCAGCAAGGAACACAUGCAGCCCACCCACCCCAUCCGGCUGGGCCUGGCGCUCAACUACUCGGUUUUCUACUAUGAGAUCCAGAACGCCCCGGAGCAGGCAUGCCACCUCGCCAAGACGGCUUUCGACGACGCCAUUGCUGAGCUGGACACCCUCAACGAGGACUCGUACAAGGACUCGACCCUCAUCAUGCAGCUGCUCCGCGACAACCUAACGCUCUGGACAAGCGACCAGCAGGACGACGACGGCGGUGAAGGGAACAACUAGACCCGCCCCCCCUCGGACGGACUGGCAGGCCGCACGCUGAUGCUACUACUGCAGUCUUUAUUUUUUUUUCCACCGGUGGGGGGGAGGGGGUCGGGGAGGGGAAGAGGAGGGGGCGACCUUCCAGGGAGGCUCCCCGCAACCGGGCUUGGAUUUGCCUCUCUUGACAUUUUGCCAAAACACCACUAGUGGAAAGGCAAGGCGGGCUGGGCUAGGCAUGGAAGGGGGAGGCAGCCUCCCAGUGGCAUACGGACUGUUCUGUAGACUCUUCAUUCAAGGGGGGGGAAGCAGUCUUUUUAAGUUAAUCUGAACCGCUAGAUGCAUACGAAGUUGAGGAUUUCCUGAGUGAAAUGGCCCUUGUUCUCCUCCUGUGUUGGUUUCGUCCGGGUUUCAGAAAAGCCGUUCUGUGGUUCCAGUAAGAUUUCCAUCCAUUAUUUGGUUCCUCGCCCCGCUGCACCUUUCUGUUGAACUGCCAUGCAUUUCGUGGUUGUGAAGGUGUGGCUCUGUGUUGUCUCCUUGUCCACCCCCCAUCCACCCCCAAUGUUAGGAGACCCCCUUACUCAUGCUUUUAACAAGGUAGACCCCACCCCAGAUUUAAAUUAAAACCCGUACGCCUCGGAGCUCUCUCGCUGAGAUGUUGAAGGCAGCCUGUAGUAUUUCAUGCUGGAUCGCCGUUGACGUGAGAGCCAUAUCUGACAUCAAGCCAUUGAGUGUAAACACCCCUCCUUGCUUGCUCUGGUUUGCUCCCGUCCUGCAUAUAGAGAUGGGCUUUGCCUCCCCAUUUCACUUCCCUAGUUGCUUGAGAAUGACAGCUCUAUUCCGGUAGCCGUUUUAAUAGCCGCUUGGCAAGAGGCUGAACCGCAUAGAGAGAAUCCACGGCACAAGAGCUUCGGGAUUCUAAUUGGUCAAGGAUUGGCAGAAGCUGUUGAAAAAUGGAGUGCCACUUAAUGCUAGUUCAGGGGUGUGUGUCUGUGUGUUUUUCGCUCAUAUGGUGUCCCCAAACACCCUCUUGAUCUGUGUUUUUUGUUUUAUAAAAGGUGCUGCCCUUUAGCUCAUAACUUUCUCUCACUGGGUUUGUCAGCAAAUCUCCAUCAGAGUGAAGGGGAUCUGUGGCACGCCUGCCUGAUCUGUGGCACGCCUGCAGUACGAGUGACCCAAAGCUGAGAGUUUGUUGCGUGUGUGUGUGUAUGCUUUCUUUUUCAAAACCAAAAUCUCCGUCGUCCUAGAAAUAGAAUCCGUCCUCCUCCGAGUCUUGUCUACUUGGCAGGUCAAUUGGGUCAUAACUCCCACCCCUAUUCGACUUCCUCUUAACAAACAAAAAGCAAUUCCCCGCCCAAUCACGAUUGUUGGAAAUUAGCUGCCAUUUUUCUUUUGACUGAAUGCUCCGCAUGAAGGAAUCCGCGCUCCCAUAAUGCCCUGAUGGCAUUGGCCGUUGCUUGUAGAAACGAAACGUCCAUAACUAUUUCGCACGGUGGUACGGGGUUUUUUUGGUGUUGAUUUUGGAUGCAAUGAACCCGGGCCACGGGACGGGAGUCGCGUUAGCGGUUUGCAGUCCUAAGCGCCGGUCAGCGGCUUAAGAGGGGGCAAACCCCUAGACAGCAUCCAUGCAUCUGAUACAGUUGGUUCCCCCCCCCAGCAUAAUUGUCCUUCAUUGCUGUGUGUGUGUGUGUGUGUGUGUGUGUGUGUGUGUGUGUGUUUUUGCACCCUAACUUUCCAUUCUUGGCCAACCCUAGUCAAUGUGCCAUGCCACUAACCUGGCUCCUGCCAUGCGGAGAGGCGUGUACCUUAGGAAACGUAGCUGAAACCCUCUCAGAAAGUGGACUGGAAUGAGAUCUUCUUUUUCUUUUUCUUUUCUUGAACGGCUUCCCUUUCUUUUGCAAUCCUGUUGUGUGAGUGAGCAGUGCGUGCGUCCCUGGCUUGAUCACGGGAAGCAAUUUACUGGAAUUACAAAACCUUUCUUCGUCUUGUUUUUGUUUUGUUUUCCCCCCUGGGUUGAAGCUUUUAGCUCCCGGCUGCUUUAGGAAAACUUUAUGCAGGGUUGGGGGGAAAGUAGCACAAGAGGGCUAAUGCAGCAGAGUCAGGGGGCGGAGUGGGGAACUUGUGAGCAGCUUGAAGGGUUUCUUCUGGUUUUUUUCCUGGUUUUUUUUUUUAAAUUUAUUUAAAAAAUUGCACUUGCCUAUUACUGUCUCUCCAGUGAAAUGAAAUAACUGCUCCAUUACUCUAUUGAUACAAUAUUGUGCAUGCUGGUGUUGUAUUUCUAUAAAAGUAGCUUGGAAUUUAUUAACUUAUACAGUAGAUGUUAUGUAUUCCUAUGACAAUAGUCUUCAACAAUUUUUUAAAAGUUUUUUAAUUUAUUUCCCCCCCUUUUUUCCUCUUUUUUUGGGGGGGCGGGGUAAACAGUUCUCUCUACCAAAUAGUGAUUGUAACAAAACAAAAAAAAACCUGAUCUGUUAUGGAUGUUGCUAUAGUGACAUGCAAUUAUAUAUGAUUUUGUUGAAAAUAAUAAUUAAAAAAAGAAAGAAAAGCAAAUGAAGGCACCAGUCUUAGCUUAAUCUUAAUGUCUGGUGUUCGUCAUGGUGAAAAAUGAUAACUUAACAGUGUAGGGAGAAAAACGUCUUCUGGAUGAGCCUUUUCCAUUUGUGCUUCUUCUGUCAUGUUAUAUGCAGUGAGCUCUUUUUACGGUCUGAUCAGUGAUUUCUUAAUUUUCUUCUUCCCCAACUCCGUGUUUCUGUAAGGAAUUAUUUCACACACACGGACCAUUCUUAGCAGUUUUUCCUCAGUGAUGGAAUAUCAUGAAUGUGAGUCAUUAUGUAGCCGUCGUAACAUUGAGCAAAAUAAACUUACAGAUCUGAUGUCCGUGCUA